AUGAAGUUCUCUACAACAGCGAUCUUGGGCAUGGCCCCCCUUGCCUUGGCGAAGUCGGUUCACAACGUUGCUCCCGCGAAGAGAGAUGGACAUUUGCAAAAGGGUCACGAGAGCGUCAAGAUUUCCGACGAGCAGCUCGCUGAGCUCACCCGCCUCAUCGGUGUCCACAAGCCCAGCCACGGCAACAUCAACUUCCUCUGGGUCAACAUUGGUGGUGGUGCCCCUACCACUGUUGUUGGACAGGCCUCGACCGUAACCGUCACCGAGACCGUCAAGCACGAGGCCACCCCUCCUCCCGCCGUCGUCACCGGCGAGCCCGGCACCCCCGUCGAGCAGCCCCCUCCCGAUGCCGUUGUUGGUGCCGGCGGUGCUACUCACAGCGUCACCGUCGGUGGCCCUCAAGGUCUUGCCUUCAGCCCCCAGGAGCUCAAGGCUUCCGUUGGCGAUACCGUCAUCUUCACCUUCCUCAGCCAAAACCACACUGCCACUCAGUCUGCCUUCGACACUCCUUGCGACCCUCUUGACGGUGGUAUGGACUCUGGUUUCCAGGCCAACGCCAACAACACCGUCAACCCCCCUCCCCAGGUCGCUAUGCAAGUGAUGGUUGACACUCCUCUUUGGUUCUACUGCCGCCAGGGCAACCACUGCGGAAAGGGCAUGGUUUUCUCCAUCAACCCCACCGCCGAGAAGACCCACGCCAUGUUCCAGUCCCUCGCCAUCCAGCAGAAGGGUAACGGUGCCGGCGGUGCCAUCACCGGCAACGCUCCCGCUCCCGACCCGAACGCUCCUCCUGCUGCUCCCCCCGCCGGCACUGAGACUGCUCCCCCUGCUGCCAACACUGGCCUCGUCCCCGGCGUCGGCAAGAUCGGUGCCGACGGCUCUUGCUCUUGCGUCGUCCAGUGCAGCUUCGGUGGCUUCCCCAACGUUGCCGUCCAAGGGAGGGAUUCCUUCGGCGGCUACGGUGGUGCCGUCCCCAUGGCCAUGGUCGGCGCCGCCCCUGCCGCCCCUGCCAAGAAGUUCAGGGCUUAA